AUGAACAUUUAUUACUGCUAUUCAUGUGGAUAUAGAAAAGUAUUUGAAGACUAUGCAGGUAUAAUACAGCAGAAAUAUCCUGAUAUUUCUGUAAUUGGGGCCAAUUAUGAUCCACCUGGUCUGAAUAUGUAUUUGUCUAGAUUAAUUGGUUUUGGUAAAAUGAUACUUAUCAUGUGCAUACUAAGUGGAGUAAAUAUUUUUGCUUGGUUAAAUAAGCCGCAGCCCGCAUGGUGGAGUUGGUGCCUUGAGAACAAAUUAUAUGCAUGUAUGAUGAUGUUCUUUCUAGCCCAAAUGAUUGAGAGUCAGUUGGUCUCAUCUGGAGCUUUUGAAAUAUCCCUCAACAACAUUCCAUUGUGGUCUAAAUUGGACACAGGGAGGAUUCCGCAGCCACCAGAACUAUUUCAGAUUAUUGACAAUACCUUGCAGUUCUCAAAAAUGGAUCUCCCCAAUAAUAAUUUUGUACAGUAA